AUGAGCUCUGAAAAUGUAGUUGAGGCUUCUGAAGACCAAGAAGAAGUACCAUGUAACAGACGGGAAUCACAAGAUUCAUGUGAGGCUAGCAACUCGGACAGCAUUUUCCAAGGAGCAAACCAACUAUAUCCUUCUCGCCGAACAGCAGCCAACCAUGAGCAUCAGAAUCAAAACCAACAACAAAAGUCAAAUUCUACUCUUGAUCUUCCGGCUAACGUGCUCCAAGACUAUGCGGCAUCUAGUUCGCAACCAAGUUCCUCUCGUCAUUUACACUCCUCUUCUACGUCGUCACUCGGAGAAGUUGCAGCUUUGUUCAGAAAUCGUCUUCCGCGUGACGAUUUAAGAAGAUCUCCAAACAGUGACAAGGCCGUUAAUAUUCUUCCAGUUAGCCGAAAUUUGGCUGAGCAUGUUUCUAAUCUGAUAGCUAUUGGAAGGAAGCCAGUGGCCGUUGUACAGAAGAAAAAACCAACGAACACCGCGGACGAAAACCCGGGAGCACGUCCUCUCCUUGGAUGGCAAGCAGACAAGAAAACUUUGCGAGAACGAAUCGAGCAUAUGUAUUGUAACGAAACGUUGGCUGAUGUAUAUUUUGUGGUUGGAGUGGACGAAUUUAGACAACGAAUUCCAGCUCAUAAAUUUGUACUCUCUAUUGGAAGUGUUGUUUUUGAUGCAAUGUUCAAUGGAGGACUCACGCCCAAUCAUCCAGAAGAAGCAUUGGAAAUUGAAUUGCCUGAUGUCGAACCAUCCGCAUUUCUUGCUCUUCUCAAGUUUUUGUAUUCUGACGAAGUGAAAAUAGAAGCAGAAUCUGUGAUGACCACUCUCUAUACAGCAAAGAAAUAUGCUGUCCCAGCUAUGGAAAAGGAAUGUGUCAGGUUCUUAGAACAAUGCCUAGUUCCUGAUAAUGCUUUCAUGAUGCUUUCUCAAGCAAAACUGUUCGAUGAACCAGAAUUGACGCAGAAGUGUCUUGAGGUUAUCGACAAAAAUACACUGGAAGCUUUGAAUGGAGAAGGAUUCAUCGAUAUUGACUUGGAUACAUUGUGUGAAGUUCUUACAAGAGACAAUCUACGGAUUCGAGAAAUCUUCUUGUUCCAGGCCGUACUCCGAUGGUCGAAGUUUGAAGCGGAGAGACGUGGGCUGCCAGCGAGCGUGGAUAACCGACGGAUAGUGCUCUCGCGAGCCAUACAGCUCAUCCGGUUUCCUCUGAUGAAAAUGGAAGAAUUCGCUCUAAAUGUAGACCCCCAACUGCUUUCCGAGUCAGAAAUGAACAAGAUUUAUAAAUACUUGGCAGUCUCUCCACCUGAUCGUCCAGUACUUGUGUAUUCGGAUCGUCCAAGAUGUCAGAUAUCGAGCACGGAAUAUGUGGUUUCACGGUUCCAAAGAAUCGAAAAUCGAUGGGGAUUUAAUGGAACUUCGGAUCGUAUUAAAUUCAUGGUGGAUCGUCGAAUCUUCGUUGUUGGUUUUGGGCUUUACGGAGCAAUCUCGGGACCUCACGAGUACAAAACACAAAUCAAGAUCAUUCAUUGUGGGACAAACAAGACGCUGGCCGAGCAUGAUACCAGUUUUGUCUGCGAUGGAAAUUCAAGACCAUGUCGUGUAUGUUUCAAGGAACCUGUUGAAAUUCUGCCAGGAAUCACAUACAUUGCUGCUGCGCUCAUCAGAGGACCAGAUUCCUACUAUGGCACCAAAGGCCUCCGUCGUGUCAGCACCAAUGACAGUGAUGUGACGUUCCAAUUCACAUACGCAGCUAUGAACAACAACGGAACGAGUGUGGAGGAUGGACAGAUCCCCGAAAUGAUAUACUACACAGCUGCAGAAUAA